AUUACGUGAGCUUGCUCUCGGACGCUUGUCAGUUGAACUUGACAUUGGCGACGCAUUUACAGCGAUCGCGUUGUUGUGAUAGUUUGUACGCUAACGAAAAGGUUAGCUUUUCCUGAAAAUAAGAAGUGGAAAACUCAACAAGCGAGUGUUUGUGUGUGCCAGUUCAAUCAACACGAUGUGCGCCACAUACGAAAGUGACCUCCAUUUCGAUGAUCUUCCUUUCGAGUUGGUUUGCGAAAUAUUUGACUAUCUGCCCCUGCGGGAUGUCAAAACGGCCUCGUCCGUGUGCCAGCGCUGGAAUGCCAUCAUCUUCUCGGAGGUGUACAUUCACCGGUUUCACCUGCAGCUAAAUCUCGACUACUCCCUCCCCGUGCUGAAGCAGAUGGCCCAGCUGCUCGAGGCUAGUGACCGCGAGUACUACAGCGUAGUGCUGCGGGCCAACCUUGGCAGCCCGCUGACGGACGCACGGUUGCGAAUAGUGAAGCUGAUGAUACGUCUGUUGGCGUCUCGCUCCGAGUCGCUGUACUUUAACAUGGCUGACUUUAGAAUAGAGUCGUGCGUUUCCGAACGGUUGUUGAGGGGCCGCAAGCUACAGGUCAUCGACACCCGGGCCAAGUACAUACCGCUCGGGAUGGGCUUGAAGGAGUCGAUGCUGGCCGCAAUCUGCGAGUAUGCGGUCGAGCUGGUGGAUCUGGUCAUUGCCGAGAUGAACAUCAACAACCCGAAGGCGCUCGUACCGCUGUCCUCGCUCAAGCAUCUGAAGCUGCUGCUGAUCAGUGACUACUACCCGUACGUGAAACCGCCGGAACCGCCAAUCAAUCUGCCGGGCCUCGAGAACCUGUCAUUGAUCAAGGUGACAGAUGAAUCGUGCCAUUACUUUCGGGUGGACAACCUGAAGCGCUUCUUCAUCCACUCUACCGGCACGGAUGCACCGCGCACGAUGGACUUUAUCACGCAGAACAUAACGCAAGUGAGCCGGCUGUGUUUGCACUUUACCGCACGCUCCAUCCAGGCCGAGGUGAUCUUUGGGUGGCUAGAUCGAUUCCCGAACCUACUGGCAUUGGAGCUCGCGGGCGUGGCACUACCCGGAGACGUUCUGAAGGAGCUCAGCCCGGCUAAUCGUUUACAGAAGCUUAUAUUUGUGUCCUGUCAUUUGGAAACGCUGCAGCUGGACGGUUUACUCGAGAAGCUGGCCAAGCUGCGAUUGCUGUGCUUCGAUGGAUGCUCCCUGUUCCACAAGCAGUCGGGUUUCCAUCCCGUCCACUACGACGACAUUGAGGGACUCCGGCAGCGACUGCCACACUGUCGGAUCAUGCUGGACUACGAUUGAUGCAAGGCGGUACAGGGGUUCUCAUGAAUGCUACUCUAACUCCUUCCCAUCCACCGUUUGUCCGAUGCUUUCGAGUAGAAUAAACACAUCAUCCGUCAAAAGUUCCUUCGGAAUGUCCCGAGUUCUUGAAGCUCUUGGCGUCAGCAGCAUGAUGAGCGUUGAAUGCUGUAAGAAUCCCAUCACAAGCGUUAGAAAAGACGCACGAUAAAACCGGUGCAGCAGCAGCAACAGCAUUCUUGCACACACAUAAAGGGAGUAAUCUCUUGGAACAGUUCUUUGUUGCAGGGGGUACGAUACAGUGCACGGAUCUCGCCGUAAUCGUGUUACGGAAUUUAUAAUGCAAGGUUCUCGCAGCCCGUUGCAGCCGCCUGCACCGACACACUGUUGCCACUGCGAAUCUAAACCACAUUCAUCCGACCGAGGAAACUCUAAAGUGGACCACAAAGAGAUGUCACCUUCGUGUCGUGUAUCGCUCGGGCUUUUUUCUCGUUCUGUUUUCGCACUUGACGGCAGCAUAAAAGCUAUACCAUCCUCGGGUUGAUGGUCUCGGGUCUUUAUGGAUCGUUCCUUUCCCUUGCCAUUCUACGUUUGAGAUGUACUUUUUCUGUGAUCCUUGUAUUUCCACACUCUUCGCCCUCUCUCUUUCCUUUGACGCACUGUAUUAAGCUCGGGAUGAAUCUUUGCAUGCGUUUCGAGCGCCACUGGCAGACAUGGAACACACGGAACACAGCGAACAUAACACUUUCCAUGGCAAUCGGUGUGGUGAUAAGAGCGUCGCUAAGAGGGGAGGUUUCCCGCUCUGGACGAAGGUAUGCUCUUGUUGCCGUGCCGCGUGGUGCAAGGUUGAUUGUGCCGUUUGCUUUCUUCGUUUGGUACCGAGAUGAUGCAUCUCUUCGAAAUUUCCGUCUGCUGCAGCUGCUGUUGGGUUUUAUCUUGCCGCUCAAUUUGCACCCACCAGACGACAAUGAUGUCGAAUGACGGAGGGUGUCAAUUUUUAGGCGAAAUCGUUUCUUUGUAUGGCAAAUGUAUCUCUUUUAGUGUGCGAGUAAAAGGCAUGAAAUAGAGAUGAACAUAAGAUAAAAUGUUUAGCAAAACAUUCAUUCUUCUGUUUCGGUUUCGUUUUGAUCGUUGCAAAAGAAAGGAAAUACUUUCACUCCUCGGUAGUGUUUUCUUUCGAAUGAUGAAGUUUAAACAAGGCAAAGUAUGGAAUCUAAAAGAAACAUUAUUUUACACUCAUGAUGAUAAAAAUGUUCCUACAGACUUUUGUACUAUUUUGUAGGUUUCGUUUUUCAUUUGAUAAAUUUAAGAUAAAGUUGACCUUGUUCGUUAUAAUAUAUUGAGUUCUUUUUCAUUUCUAAAGCAUUUUGCGUAAAUGUUCUACGACCAUACACAACCGUACUAGAAUAAUUACAAUGCCAUUAACGGGCGGAAGCGAUGUUGAAAAAAGGAUUUGUUUUGUGCGCCAGCUGGUGAUGCCCUUUGGCAAGUGAACAUUCACAGCGUCAAUCUUCAGCGUCAUUCCGGUGAGAAAUUAUAUCCCCUUUUUCUAUUCCACUUUGCUUUCCGACGUUUUUCGCACUUUAAUUACAAUGGUUGUUUUUUCCAUCGCAUCUGCUCUGGAAGCAGGACGAACGACCGUCAAGGACGAGAGCAGGGCAAUACGUAACGUAAAUGAGCGUAACUUUGCAUCCUUGAUGAUGACGGUACGUAGAGAGAAAAAAACCAUUCCACCCAGAGCAACGUUAGAAGAGUGAUAACGAGAACCUAGGCCAGGUAAAAGGAAGCACAACACCUUCACCGGUACAUUUCAAAGAGGCGGAUUCGAAUUGAAGGGCCGCCGACGAUCAGUCAGCGAUGAGUUUCAUUUGCACGUCCCAAUAUAUAGGUCACCAGGGAAUGAGGAAAUGAAUGGGCAAGGAAUAGAGAAACGAUACAAAAACAAGAAAGGGAAAAAAUAGUUCCAGGCCUACGCUAACGGUCCUGGGCGUUGGGAGGGCAAGGGCUCAUCGCAUCCGUCUCGUUCACUCGUGUGAAAACCCUUCACGACGGGCUGAUGGAGAAGCAAAACCGGUCAGAAUCCCGGUAUGGGGCGAUGCGGAUGAGGUCGAGGUGGGCCUGAAAGUGGGCAGAAACUCGGAACUUGGAUCGGAUUUACACCAAACGAGGCCUGUUGCGCGUAGUAGCAGCGUUACGGGCAAAAGACGGGUAGCUGAUGAGUUGCCAACGCCAACUAAGUUGCGUAUCCGAGAUCCUUUCCAGCCUCCGUAACCUAUCCGGCUAAUUCGUUCCGAUGAUGGAAAGAAAUCGUUACCAAACACACAGAACAAGAAUACGUUACGUGUAUGAAUGUUUUUUCCUACUCCAUCACCCCAAGGAGUGCUUGCUUUAUGAAAAAUGUUUCUCGUGAGUGCGCGGCUGGUGCGCUGGAAGAAAUCAUUCAUUCAUCACGGCCGUACAUCAUGGAUAAUCGUUCUGAUGAUGCUUACCGUUUCGGCGGAAAUUCGCCGAACUAAUGGCAAGCAGCCGGAAGAAACUUGCGAAACUCGUGGCAACGGCUCAACACACUCACUACAACAUGGUUUGCACGAUUGAAUGGGCCCAGCAUGCCGCCAUUGGCGGAGGGUGUGAACGCAAGUCAAACACUACUGCCGUAUCGAGGCAACGGUUCACUUAAAGGUCUCUAUUGACGGUUCGGGUAUUUAUGGAUUCUUGCGUAUGGUUUGCGUUUCGGUUUCAGUUUCAGACUCUACAUUCCGUUUAUCUUUACUCUUCAUUAGACGGAAAGUUAUUCUGUUUCUUUUUAUUACUAUCUUCCACCCCUCCCGAAGUCCGUUCGGUCAGUGCUGUGAAUUUGGAGAGUUUAUUACAAAUUUCGUUAUGUACAUAAAUUUAACCUAGUUCUUGGUCCGGGCACCGGCAAACGUUUUCCUACCCCGUCCACUGUCCGAACGUGGAAGUGUUUUUCUUCUCACUAUAUUUUCCCAAACCACUACGCAGCCCUUGUUGGUUGAUUGCGUACAACGAAAGUAAUGAAUUUCCAACACAACCUCAGCUCGAGAAGAAAUGACCGAAUGGUCAACCUGGCUAUAUUCAGUGUCGGGCUUUUCCUUUCGCCUAUGAACGCACCGGCCUCAGCGACCUUUUGUGCUUGCAUUUUUCAACACGGAGUGGAAAAUCACUUGAAAAGACACCGACAGAGUGGUCCAAGAGCCGAGUGACUUCUGGAAACGGUUCACGCGCGUAAAUUACUCACACGCGAACCUAUCUUGGCUUGGGUAGUCAGUAGCACUGGGCUGCAGAGUAACGUACCUUAGAGCGUGCCCAUUUAGUACCCCCAGCGUAACGGGUCCAAAAUUUGCCUGCAUACAUUUUUUUGCUGAUUUGUGUUUGAAUUUGUCUUCUUGUCUUCUGUCCACUGUCGGCUUAGGAAGGUUUGUGUGGUUGAGAAGUUGAAGCACCAGCUGGGACCGAGCAUAAUUAGAGUCAUGUCAAGUGAAAAAGGAGAGUACAUAAAGGGGAGAAAUUAUGUACCGGGAUGACAACAGAAGCGACCUGAUAGGCCAUGUUGCAAAUUCACUUUACUUUCUUUUUAAAUGGCAAACUGCCACAAAAACAUUCAAAUAGAAUAAUUUAGCAAUUUUGUUUUAACUUCAAAGUAAAAUGUCUAAGAAAUCUACUCUUAUAACUUUUGUGAAAUGAGUGACUUUGCGGCUACUUCAAUCCAUACAUUUUAAUACGAAAUUUAAGUAAUUAAAAAAAAAUCUUUAAAGCUUCUUAAGAUAAAUUUACUGCAAAGAGUACUUUUGAUAAGUUAUCAGAUGUAAAGGAAACAAUAAAACGUUUCCCUCCAGCAAACACCGAUCGAAUAAAAAGGUGCGACUCGUUGUUGUUUAUAACUGGCUUAUUAAUGAAACUCCUCUUAAAAC